AUGAAUAUUGGAACAGGCGUUUUCACGGCCCCCCGAGCCGGCAUUUACACCUUCCAUUUCAACGGGAUGAAACACAAACCAUCCGAUGGUGAACUAAGGGGCCAAAGCGGCGCAGCUCACAUCGGUUUCUAUUUGAACGGGCAGUUCAUGGGGAGAACAGAAGCUGGAAAAGGAACCAAAAUGGGAACACUCUCCUACAGUACAAUUCUAGAACUCAACGCUGGUGACCAAGUCAAGUUGAAGCUUCUUUACGGAAUCCUUCACGAUUCAGGUAAUCUUCACACUCGGUUCUCAGGAGCAUUGUUGAAAGAGCAUUAA